UACUGAGUACAAGCCCGGUAUGGAGUUCUCCAAAAACCUAUGUGAAAUAUGCCACUGUACUGACUCUAAGGAUCCUAACAGCAAGUUGAACGAGAUUGCAUGUUAUGUGAUCGAGUGUCUCUUCGUGUGUCCUGAGAGCCAUGUGUAUAAACCCCAACCUGGACAGUGUUGUGGGUCAUGUAUACCUACAAGCUGUGUUUUGGAGAUCCCAGGCUCAACUCCGAUAAUUAUUCCUCCUUCACAGUCUUGGUCACCACCAGGUGACAACUGCACCAAGUAUGAUUGCCAGAAGGUGAAGGAUGAGUUUAUACUUUCUAAAAACCACAUAACAUGUCCUGAAUUUGAUCCAAAGAACUGCAUUCCUGGAACUGAACAAACUGACAUGAAUGGUUGUUGCAAAACCUGUAUUCCUCGUUCCAACUGUCAAAAGAAGACAAACACCACCUAUCUGCGGAUAAAGAACUGUAAGUCAGUUGAACCAGUGGAAAUUACAGCCUGUGAAGGAUCCUGUGGACCGUCAUCAUCAAUGUACUCUGCAGAGAGCAACAGUUUCAUGCAUCACUGCACAUGCUGUAAAGAAAUGGCCACCAGUAAGAAGAAGGUGGAAAUGAAGUGCACUGAUGGCAAAGAGAUGAAGCACUUCUACAUUUCAGUUGAUAAGUGUGUUUGCCAGGAAUGUACUGAAAACACCAAAGGCUAACAUAAACAUUUUAAGACUGAAAACUAACCUGACUAAAAUACUCUUAUAAACUUUAAUAUUUCCUCUCCAAAAACUGUUAGAGAAUCAAGACUCAAUAUGUGAAAACCAGCAGAGACACACCUCUGAGCAUUAGCUGAAAGCACGUACCUGAGAACAGUCCAAUACAAGAUAUAUUAGAGCAAAUUAGUAAAAUGCUUAAAACAGCAGUCUGAAAGGCUUCUCUUCCAGUGAGAGAAUUACUUUGAGCUGUUACACCUUCAUAUUUUAUGUCAGCAAUGCUAAAUGGUGAUAAAAUGUUUCCUACACUUCUGGACACUGAACCUUUGAACUUUCAGAAUACCUGUCAUCAUUUUCUCAUUUAUUGUCAGGGAGCCAGGUCCAGAUAGUUCCUCAUGAGGACAGAACAUAUUGGUGUUGUUGUCUCUUUUAGCCUUUUGAAGAGGUGGUUCCUUUGUCCAAAUCUCAUGGUGUGAUAUUUUCAGGGUGUUUCUCUUCCUUUUACUGUGCAUGGUUUUAAAGAUAAAAUACAAGAUUAGGUUCUGAUUCUCAGUAUGCUGUACCUGUCCUUUGUAUAUUUUUUUUGCCAUCAUUUCCAAUUGCACCAUCCACAUAGAGUUUCUCAUGAUCCAUUGAAUGUAGCUUAGUGAUAAAGAAACGUAAUUAGAGUAUCAAAGCUUCAGGGUCCUUAAAACUCAGUGAACUGGUGAUUGUGUCUUUGCUUUUUCUUGUUUUUUAUGAAGUUUUAACUCAAUAUAUUUGUAUUUGAUGCACCUUCUGUAUUCAGGGGAAUCAUUUAAUUUCAUUAAAUAAUAUUAUUCCAUUUGC